AUGUUUAAGAAAAGAUAUUUUAUUUGGUUCACGGUUUUUAUUUACAUCGUUUUGUUGUUCAUUACGGUUUUUAUACCACAUCAAGAUGAUAGAAUUGAUAAUUCGUGCACAAAUGACAUUUGCAUAAGAUUUUGUUGUAAAAAUUCUGUAACAUGCAAUGACGAAUUUAUACGAAGUAAUUUUAAUGCAAGUUUCAUACCAAAAUUCGAUGAUUAUGACGAUAACGAGAAUGACACGAGAAGCUUCAGAAUUUUAUAUGAAAUGCCUUCAUGUGACAAUUUAAUUCCAAUUGAACAAUGGGAAAUUUCUAAAUAUGACGGGAUAAAGACUGGUGAUGAACAUAUCUACGAAGACUACUGCUUCGAAGAUACAAAAGUCGGUGAUGAAAUCAGAUGGAAAGUUCUUUCAUGCUCUAAAGCAAAGUCCUUCUUCAAAAUGGAAACAAAUUUGAUUCUUAGGAUUAUCUCAGAGAUGACCUUUCUCGCAGUUCUUCUCAUCUACGUGUACCUAAAUAAAUGGAAAACUCUUGAUGGGAGGAUUGUCAUCAUGUUUGUGUCAUCAUUAGCAUCAGAGUUCUUUUUUCGACAAAUAGUCUUCUAUGAUGACACAAACAACAAAAUUAUGGAAGUUAUUACUUUCCUCAUGGAAGUUGCGAGCAUUGUGUCAACUUUAUUAUGGAUGAGUGUCAUGAUUUUUGAUAUCUGGUUGAACUUCAAAAACCUUGAUUCCGCCACUGAUGGGAUGAAACGAUUUAAAUUCUACUGCGCUUAUGUGUUUUCAAUCAUUGUUCUUCAGAUCACUUCAUUAUCUGAGGCGUAUAUUUUCUACUAUAGAAGAUGGCUUAAGCAACUAGUCAGAGUAAUAAUUGAUAUUCUGCUUUUCACCUACUUGGUGACAAUUUGUUUGGAAAUAAUUUUCUUAGUUGGGACUGCCGUCAAAAUCUUUUUAAUCUCUAAGGCAACAAACCAUGUCGGACAUGCAAAGUUUGAAGAUGAGAAAAAAAGAUUUUGGAUGUGUUUAUCAGCAUUUGGAAUUAUCGUCAUGAUUCCCUUCACAAACAUUUUUCCUUUGCUUUCGCCAUAUGAAAGGAAUAAAUUCUUAAAUGAAAUCACAAACUGCUUCUCUGCUUUCGUGUUAUUUUUUAUUUUUAUUCUUAUGGAUAAGAAUAUUCGACAAAGACUCUUCCAUAAACGCAGCAUAAAUCAUGAAAGAUUAUCAAGUACAGCAUCUUCAAUUUAA